AUGAUAUGCAUUAGUGUAACAGAUGUUAUCUUUUGUAGGCUGAUUUUUGGCACACUCUAUCCAGCUUAUUCUUCAUACAAGGCUGUAAAGACAAAGAAUGUAAAAGAAUAUGUAAAAUGGAUGAUGUACUGGAUCAUAUUUGCACUGUUCACCACAGUGGAAACAUUCACAGACCUAUUUCUUCCAUGGUUUCCGUUUUAUUAUGAACUUAAGAUUGCCUUUGUAAUUUGGCUGCUCUCCCCCUACACGAAAGGCUCUAGUGUUCUCUACAGGAAAUUUGUGCAUCCAACACUCUCUUCAAAAGAGCAGGAGAUCGAUGAAUACCUGAGCCAGGCAAAGGAUCGGAGCUACGAGGCGGUGGUGCAGUUCGGAAGGCGUGGGCUGAAUGUGGCGGCGACUGCUGCUGUCACAGCUGCUGCCAAGGGACAAGGAGCUCUCUCGGAGAGGCUAAGAAGCUUCAGCAUGCAAGACCUGACGAUGAUUCGAGGAGAGAGCAUCGAUGAUCCAACUGAACAGAUAAGCAGUGCACAGAGCCAAGCCCAGAGUACACCACGGAACAUCACAGAGACAGUUGAUAACUCGGGCAGAGCAAAGGCACCCUAAUCCACCACCCAGGAGAAAAAGUACCUCAGGCUGUAGCAGCGAAUCCAUGUGAUGCCAAGGAACCAUCGGACUGGAGUGACUGGAUUUGCCCUCCUUUUUGUUUUUGUCCUGCCUUCACAAGCCAAGCAACAAGUGACACACAGGGAACUGCAGAGGAACCCCUGGCUAGAGAGUGCUUCAUGUUUUCUGCAGAUGCCUUCAGCGACUGUUCAUGGGUAUAAACCGCAUCGUAACGUGUUUCUGUUUUGUCUCUGUUAGCUUCCAAAAUUUACACGUGGUUGUUGAAACAAAAAUUCAGGAGUGAUGGGGAAGUGAUUGAAAUGCUUGUAGGUCCAAAGUGUCUUCAGAUUUAUGUAAGAACAUUCCAACAUGUAGUGUUUUCACUUUGGAGCAAUCUAGAAACAAAAAUUGAUCAAAAUCUUAUGUAAACAGGGAAAUCUACUCUACAAUAUACAGGUACGUUUGUUCCACUACUCACAGGGAUAACUGUUCUUCAAUAUAUAGGCACUUAUGCUAUUUUGUGUACAAGGAUUUCUGUCACACCCUGUACACAAAUGCAUUAUUCUGAGCACUGGUGUAUGUGAUGUAUGCAUAGGUAUAUGUGUUGUACUAUGCACAGGUAUAAAUAACGUUUUGUGCACAGUAUGUGCUGUCGUCUGCACUGGAAUGUCAAUUGCAUCAUUCAUAGGUAUGUCUGCUGACUCUGCACAAGUGUGUCUGCUGUGUUGUACAUAAACACAUUAAAUGUAUGAUCUGAAACUCUAAUCACAUUGUGCACAAUGAGAAGACUGACCAGGCUACUGGGAUGAAUCUCCUUGGAAUUGCACUGUUGAUGAUGACAGUCAACGUUUUAUUUUUGCACCUAGACAAAAAAAAAACAAAAGGCGUAGCAGCUUUUAUGUUUCUUUACCUGGUUCCAUUGGAUUGAUGUUCUUCUGGUCUCUGCUCGUUGCUGCAUCAUAUUCAAACAGAACACUAUCCAUUUAGGAAGCCAAAGGGCUGAUUUCCUCUCACUACUUCUUCCAGCGAGACAAUUUAAGUAGCAAGUGAGAACUGUCACUUAUGAUAAAAGCAUUACAUGCUCAGGCAAGGAUGGACAUUGAAAUGAUAGAGGAACACAUUCAACUCUUGAGCAUGUCCUACCGUUCAGCUAGAUUAUGGCCAAUCUGCUGCCUCAAAUCCAUUAACCUGCCUUUGCUCCAUUUUUCAAACUCACUAUGAAAUUUAAUAUAUUCCUUCCUUUGAAAGUCCUAUUCUGUGAUGGUAAUUCCCAUGAUUAAUUUGUCAGUUAGUUGAAGGAUCCCAGUGGAAUAUUAUUGAAAAUAAAUAAGACUAUAGAAAGAAUGCACCAAUAAAUGUGAUUUUUCUUUUAGGGAGGGAGGAGUGAGCAUUGCAUUUCUCUCGUUUUCAUGCAUAUUUAGCACAAUUUCUCCAGCAGUGAAAAUUGAUUGCAGGAAUAUGGUAACCCAGAUAUUGUAACCACAUCUCUGUAAAGCUGAAUGAAGCUAUUUCACAGUUGUGUGUGCAGCAUUGUUAGAGUCAACUAUGGCUGUGGAAGGAAAUAUUGGAAAAUGCCACAGUGGGGAAGUUACAUCGGGCAGGAUUAUUAUACAGUGGAUUCUCAUCAGCUGGUUAGUGCUUUGAGCAGCAGAAUUAGAUACAAUUUUAGCAAAUGUUCUUUCUACUAAUAUUAUAUGGCAUGCCUCAUUCAACAUUAAAAAACAAUCCUGGAACCUUCUUGGCUGCUUAAAAAUGUAUUUUCAUUCCCCUUCACCCUAAAGAUUUCCCUUUGCUCUGUAACGUGCCCUUGUCUUUGUGAAGAAAGGGGAGUUUUCAGCUGUGGCUCAGUUUAGCAAGUGUACACUUUUCGUACAUUUUUGGUGCAAGUGUGUUGCUAAAGUCCUCCAGACGCUUGAAUUUAGAAGAGGUCCAUGAACUAUGAAAGGAUUGUGCCCACACCAGGCUCAAAUGAAGAUGAACUGCUGAAACUGGAGGUGAAACAGCUAACUUUAGAUAUUGGGGAAGAACCAUAUCCUUUUGGCCUCGAGAGUGUCAAAUUGUGGCUUUAGAGUAUAACCAGUGUCUUAUUUUAAACUCAGGCUCAGAUCUUCUCAAAAUCAACACUGUAGCAGAUGAGAUAUAUGUCUGAAAUUGUAAUCCUACAUUUAGGUGAUGGAGGCAGAUGAAUGAAUGGCAGAGUGUGUCCAUUUGCUGCCUCAGCGGUCCCAUUUCUAUUGAGGAUUACAAUAGGCUCCAAGGAGGCAAGACAAUGGACAAGGACCCUGAGCCCAUGAUUAAUGAUGUACAAGUAAGUGGCAGGCUAAGAUAAUCAUUAGUGAUAGAGUGUUGUAGGCUAUACAUUUGGUACUUUGUGAUUUUUAAAGCCUUGGAAUAGCCUGGCUUUUGCAGUGGUUUUGAAAGUUCAUACACUUGGAUGGGACUUGACAAGUAGUUGUAGCAUUUUUGAGACAGUUUUUAUUAUAAAGUAGCUUGUGGGGGGAAAAGAUUGAAAUAAUUAACCCUUUCCUUGCAUGCUUUCCAUUCAGAUUUCUAACUCUCAAAUUGUAUGGAGCAAAAGUGAAGUUGUAGAGGUUUACACUGAUACUGGGGUUUCUUAUUUGGGGAUGUGUUUAGUUGCUAGAACUUCCUUUUAUCAGGUGCGGUAGUGAUUGACUAGAACAGCUGGCUUGUGCUGAUUUGAGUGUACUUUAGAAUUUCAUUAGCUCGUUACUUAGUGACUCAUUGGUUAGCUUUUGAGCAGGUUGAUAUCUUUCAUGUGAGUUGGUAAAACCAAGGCCUUGUGAGGUCUCCGAGGUAUAGAUGCUACUUGGAACUAGAGUGGUUCAUAUCACUCAACACCCAGCAGAGAUAAUCUGGUCAUUGUCACAUUCCAAUGUGCUAAUUUGCUGUCAGAAUUAUUUUGCAAAGCAGUUCAUUGCUUUAAAGCACAUUGGGAUAUCCUAAUGCUGUGAAAUACACCAGACAAAUGCAAAUAUUUAUUGCCUAGAGCAAGUUUAAACUGAUCCUGUCACCAAAUUUCAUGUCAAAUCACCAGCUGCUUCAGGUCUCUUACAUCUGUACCCACAUUAAAGUUUAAAGCCCUUGAUUCUCUUCUGGACAUCAGUUAUAAGUUAUGAACAAUUUUCCUACUUAUCAACUUAUCUCUAAAAUGUUGGAUCAUGCAAUUAGGUCUAGUAUACAUAAAGCAAUAUUUUUUGUGGUAAGUGUAUGAUUUGCAAUGAAUUUUAAGACUGCUGGUUGUUUUCAAAUCUGGAAAUCCAGGUGAAGGGCUGAGUCAAGGGUUAAAAGUGGAAGUCCUAGAAUUAAAUCCUAAAACUCCAAGUAGGGAUCUUUGGAAAAGGGUAAAGAUAAGGAUAGUGUGCUUGUCAAAGGGCUAUAUGUGUUAGUGCUAAUCCUUUUAAUGUUGAGGAAACUUUGUCACGUAAUACUGGUGAUCUGCUGACUAGUUUUUACUGUUGAUGGUGAUGUUAUUAUAAGAAGUAUGAAAGAAGCAGAGUUCCAAACUUGCUGUGAGGUAGAACCAUGUACAACAUUAGGGAGUGGUGGGGUUGGGGAUGUUAAGAUGUCUUAAUAUUACAGGUCUUACUAUCAAUCCAAUGUUGUAGAAAAUUGCUUAUUUUAAUUGUGCCCCCUUUCCAUAGCUUUCCACCAAAUGCCAUUGUAAAUAGGUGUUCAUUAACAAUAAUAAUCCCUUUGUGAAACUGAUCUUAAACUAGUUGAUAUUUCAUAUCCUCUUUCGGGAUGUUAGUAUUUGUCGAAUCCAUAAACUGCUGCCUUAAACCAUUGGGGUAAAUGUACUCCCAGAGUACAUUUGAAGGGAGAUAGCCCAAUACCAAUGAAGGACUUGCACUAUGCUGCCAAGUCAAGAUGGUGAUACUUUGCAGGGGAAGCUUGCAAGUAGUGGCCUCCAGUCCUGGUGAAGGGUCUCAGCCUGAAACAUCAACUGUUCAUUUCCCUCCAUAGAUACUGCCUGACCUGCUGAGUUCCUCCAGUAUUUAGUGUGUGCUGCUCAAAAUUUCCAGCACCUGCAGAAUCUCUUGUGUUUCUGAAGUGGUGGCAUUCCAUGUGUCAGUCAUCUACAGCUUUUAGAUGAUAGAUGUCACAAAUUUGAUAGGUACUGUCAAGGGAAAUAUCAGUGAAGGAAUUAAUCCCUGUGUUUCUUAUAGUUUUGUGGAGCUUCUGCUUUCUCCAACUUUACUAAGAGUAAUUUAAAAUGUUUUAGUGCUUUGAGAGCUAUUGUUUAGGAUCUCCAGUACCUGGAUGCCCAGUGUCUCUGUAUCGCAAGCACCUAAUUGGACAAUCAGAGGUGAAAUGAGCACUGGAACUGGCUUUCAACAUUGAAAUUAGUUCUAUGUUUUCCAGGAGGCUCAUGGUCUGCCGAAAUACCAUGGUGAGAGUGAUGAGAACAAGAAGAUGUAAAGACUUUACUUUGAUGAGAAAUCGUGUAAAGGAACAAAGUCACUGUGAUACGAGGCUCUAAGAAAUGUAUAACGUACAAUCUAGCAUGCUAUUGAAGAGCUAUUUAUAAAUCAUCCUUUGUCUCAAACAUUGCUGGAUCAUUGCUGGAUCAGUUUUUCUUACAACAGCUUUCCUUGCUUUUUUAGCAGCAACUAUCACAACUGCUUAGAGCAUUUUGCUGAGAGUUUCUGGUGUGUGAUCAUCUCUUGAUGCUUUUCCUCUCUUGCUCCUAUUUCUUUAUGAACCAGCGUUUGUUCUUUGAAUACUUCUUUUUGGCCUCUUGCAUACACUUUUUGAGCUUGCCACAGACAAGAUCACUAUUUGCCUUACAAACUACUGUAUCUUGGACUUAUUCUCUGUAUAAGUGCAUCUUUUAUGGUAUAGAUGGCAUUGUAAUCAAUGAUGUUACCUAGAAGUCUUUAUAGUUUAGGUUCAAAGAAGCAACUCGUUACAGCAAAUAUCAGAGUGUUGCCUUUUGUAAACUUAAUUCAUCACAAGUCCAACUUUGCUUCCUUUUCAACUUGAGGCAAAUAUUUGUCUGAAUGAAAAUUUGUAACUACUAGGUCAUGGCCCUAACUGAACACUUUUGAGGUGAGUGUUGGUAAGUGUUUCAUGUAUUUUAAAUUGAUGCUAUAUCCAUCAGUCAGGGGUCCAAUGUGGACAAGCACUUAAGGUGUUUGUUGUUAGUGAGCAGCUUGCCCAGAAUACUCACAGCAGUGUAUUUGUUCUGUUCCUUUAUAUCCAAUUCUAUGAGCUGUUUGCUGCGGUUGGAUCCACUAAUAAACUUCUGUUUCAGAAGGCAUGUUUGGAUCUCCUGACCAAGAACAUUGUUCAGCUUGGGAAUCACUGGCACUGCAACCUCAAAGAGAUGCACACUAUCUUCUAUCAUGGGAAGGUGAUUAGCGAGGGACUAGCAACAUUGACUUGUGUGAAAGAGCUGUAGUAGAAUUCUUGUUAUGGUCUUUUAUUUUUCAUUGGAUCCAAUUCUUUUUGUAUAGUUCUUUCUUUGCAUUGCUCUGGACUUCUGAUAUAGGUUAGAUAUCAGAUCAAGGUGCAGAUUCCUGUUUUAUAAAGAAAUAGAAAGUGGGCGACAGUGUAAGCACUUAGCAACAAAAGUAUAUACACAGUGACAUCAAGCACUGACAACAAGCUAGUGCAUUAAGCCAUAUUACAAUUCACCUGAAGAUAUUGGGAAAUCAGGCCCAAGAACUCAUGCAGAUCUGUUGACCAAUAAUAUUCAUUGGGCUUGCACUGUUUCUUACAUGCUUUGUGAAUGUGCUGAUGUGAGUCCAUGUGUGGUUCCUUCACUCUGAAUGAGCAUUCCCAAACAAUUCUGAAAGCCCUUCUUAAUGUUGGCUAAGUCCAUCACGAUAGACAUCCUCAAUGAACAAGAGGGCAGUGUUCAUGUGAGGUUUACAGAAUCUAUCCUUUCCUUGGUCUGAUGAGAGCUUAGCUAGCUCAAACUCUAAGUUCUCUGUGGUAACUUUCAGGCCUUGCUUCAGAGAGAAGAAAAUUGUGUGUAAGCCUACAAUAAACUUCUCCUGGAAGAAAUUUUUAGUGCCAAACCAUAUUUUAGAUAAAUUUGAUAAGCAAUCUAUGAAAAUUCACUGGAACAUCAUCUGAUCAUCAAAACUUCAAUGCUUGUUGGUACCAUAGAAGGCAAGAAAAGAACAAGAAGCUUGUGUGAAACUCUGUUCUCUGAUCUUUAAUUUGUACAGCUGGGAGUGGUAGAGAUGAAAGAACUGAUAUUCAACUUUGAAGAAUGAAUGCAUGACCUAUGGUUGACCAUCAGUUUGGCCAGCUGUGAACUGAUAAAAGAAAAAAUAUUGCCAUUUUUGCUUCAAUGUCCUGUGACUUUCCCUGGGUCCAGGUUAGAGUUAGGCAGCACAUUCUGACUGGCAGCCCACCACUGGCUACAGGUAAAAGACAGGAAAUUCACUGGGUUCAGGCUGGAUGCAGUCAGCUCAUCCCUGAAUCUGUGAGGGAGAUUGCCCCCAACCCCUUCCCUGGGUGCAGUCAGAAAUUUUUCAGUCCUGAAAAAGUGCACCCCCUCCAAAUUGAUUUAUGGCUCAAAUUCUCUCUAUGUCUACAAAUCCUCAGUCCAGUAGGAUGUCUUUUGGAAGCAGGAACUCUGUAUAGAUCGUGUGAAUUUGAUAACGUUUGUAGGCACUCUUAAUGCCUUUCGUGCAAUGUUCUAAUCAGAUUGAGUAUACUAUGAAGAAUAUUUAAUAUUUUGAACAAUUAAUGCAUAUUCCAAGAUAGAGUAUUAUAAACUAUGUAGCAAAAAAAGUAGAACAAAUUUUAUGAAGCAUAUGUGGAGAAAGUAGGAAUGUAAAACUAAGGUAGAUUGUUCCAAUGUGAAUCAAUUGCACAGGUCGAAACAAACUGCCCUCUGUGUUUGAAUUUGUGAGACUUAUUUCAGAUAUCAUGGAAUCAAUCUAGCCAAAUAUUGAGAUAACAUUUGAUGUUAAAAUUAUGUUGUUAAAGAUUCAUACCAAUAGACCAUGUAAGAAUGACGCUGGUGAACAAAUUGGAAUUUAACCAUAAUUUCAAUACUGGCUUCUUAUUGAUUGCAUGCUUGGAAUUCUCAUUACAAAGACUCAACAACCAGAGCUUGAUAUGAAUGCAUAUUACAUGGAUUACUAGUCAAAUAGCAUGAUUACCACAUCACAUACCUUACUAGUAUAAGGACAAAAUAGAAAACAAAAUACAAAAUUCAAUGAUAGAUUUGAUGAUUUUAUAUUAUUGACUUCAUUGAACCAGACCCCAAAUUAAGCUAAAUCAAUGCCCAAGUGCAAGGGGUAAUGCAAGUGAAUUUUUGAGCAGACAUAAAUAAAUAUUUUAAGCUCAUCACAUGGAAUAGACAUUGAAAUAGCGAAGCAGACUAUUAAAAUAAGGCUGAAAGGAAUGUAAAGUUUUCUUUUUAGGGUGAUUGGAUUUUUCCUCAUCCAUUUUCUGAUCAAACAGGUUUCCUCAUUGAUAUUCUUUUCCAACUGUUUAAAAAUAAUAUAUUGCACUUUAGAUUUCAAGAUGCUUCCAAUUAGCAAAUUAAGAUAUAACCAUGCAAUUCUGCAGUUACCUAUGUGUCAGGAGAAUUUGUGUGGUAUUAAAUGAAGGUUGCAGGUAGGUAAGUUUAAAACAAUGUAGAAGAGAUUUCAGUAGCUUCUCAAUUUUGGAUGGUCCAUGAAGGAAUGGAGAGGUUCUUGCAAAUCACAAUUUAAAUCACUUUGUGCCUAAAUUCUGCCAUGGCUUCACCCCUCAGUCUCUAAGUUCCUCCAACCAAUACCAUAUUUGAAUCCAGUAUUUUAUGAGUCACCCCUAAAUCUCUGUCCCACCAGAGAAUUCAUCACUGGAUCCUCUCCAACCACCGAGCCUCUCCACCUCCUUUAACAAGACAGAACCUCUUUUAUAGGAUCCAUUUCUUUUUCCUUUAUUGAAAAUACUAAAUGAGUGCAGGUUGCAGUUAAAUGCUAGAUAUCACCACUUCCUCCUUUCAUCGAAGAACUAUUUUUCCAAAUAUGUCAUGUAUCUAAACUUCAAAUUUAUUACUGGUCUGUACUUCAUGGACUUAAAUAGUGAUGGAGACAGAUUCAAUAGUGAGAAUGAAAUUUACUUGAGCGGGAAAGAUUUUCCAGAGUACAUGAAAAGAAUGAUGUGACAGGAAUAAUUGGGUCGCUAUUUCAAAGAUUCACUGUAAACAUAAUAGGCUGUACUGACUCCAUCUCUCAUGAAUGAUUCAAUAACCUACUUGGCGCAGUCCAAAGUCACAGCACCUGGAGACAUAUGGCAGAUCACCGUAAUUACAAUUAGAUGUAUCUACAGGUACAAUUAUCUCCCAUCAUUCAAAGAUUUUAAAACUGCUUCGGUAGAGUUUCUGAGGGAAACCGUCUCUUUUCUUGAGUGGUGAUGCAUUUAUCUCAUAUACCCUUCAUGCAAGCUGAACAAAACGUUAAGUAGGUAGGUGGGCUAGAAAAUAUACACUAGUGUUACAUGUCAAGCACACGCCUAUUAACUAAUUUUCCUUGCUCUGCAGUAGCAGGCAAUGGCAUGGAUGUGUGCUGCCUUAUCAGAGUACUAAACCACUCUGCUAGCUUGUUCACAUUUAGACACAAUGAAUGCAAAUGUAAAAAUAAUUACAUGUUUUUGUAACAAUGCAGACUAUGCUGAAUACCAUUGUGCAACUAAAUGGGAGAUAAUGCACAGGUCAAAAUACUUGCAUUUUCCCAAGCAAUUUCAGCUACUUAUAUUUAAAAAGAUUUACUUGCUAUGUGCACUGGUUUUUAAAGACCUUUCACAAUAGAUCAGUGAAGAUGGUGAUUGUCUUAAUUUCUACUAUUUUAUUUUCUUUUGCCCUUCUAGUGUGCAAGAACCUUUUUAUUUCCUUAAAUUUGCAAACUGCAGAUCUGGCAGGCCAGAGCACUUUACAGUUGUAUUCAUUCACAUUUGUUUCGCCUAAAUACAGAUGUUAAUUGUAUAUAGGGAAAUUGUUGUUGCCGUUACACUGGUUGCAUUCAGAGUACUGCAUGAAUUAUGGGAUUGUUGUCUUACAUUUAUCACAGAACUCUUGGAAUUGUAAUAAAAGACUGAAAGAUUGUAAAGGG